AGCUCCGAACCCACACGCCCGAUUGCACAAGCGGGAUCGAAGAGGACCAAAGAGCAAGCUCUCGGUUCCGUCGGUAAACUCCCAGCACACUGAGCUCGCGGGUGACCCUCAUGGACGCGGGCGGAGGAGCCAGCCGCCGUGGAACAGAGAUCAUCCAUUCGAAGCUCUGAGCAGUGCCGGGCGUUAUUCCUGCGGCACUUUGCGGUGGGGAGGCCGCGGCGGCCUGGGAGUAUCGGGGCCUCCUGCACACCAGCUGUUCGACGAGUUGCCGCGACGAUGUUGACGCCGAUGCGCAUGCUGCUCCGCUGCCGUCGGCCGCCGAUCGCGUCAGCCGCCGCCUUCUUCACCAACUCAGGCAGCGCGCCCCUCGCGCCUGCUCCUCCUCCUCCUACUCCGCCGGCGGAGCCCGCUGACGAGCGGGAGCAGGAGGGCUCGCUGGCGCAGCGGCUGGAGCGGGCGUCGUCGGCGUGCGCCGCCAUCCGAGGCUGGAUGGCCGCGGGCCGCGCCGUGCACCGCGGCCACGUCUUCCACGCCAUCAACCGCCUCCGCCGCCGCCGCCUCCACCGCACCGGCCUCCAGGUCAUGGAGUGGGUGAUAAGAGAGAGGCCCUACAAGCUGAGUGAGCUUGAUUACUCAUAUCUCCUAGAGUUCACAGCUAAAGUGCAUGGUAUUUCUGAAGCCGAGAGCCUCUUCCUUCGCAUACCUCAAGAAUACCGGAACGAGCUGCUCUACAACAACCUUGUAAUGGCUUGUUUGGAGUUAAGCUUGAUUAAGCUUUCAUACGGUUACAUGAGGAAGAUGAGGGAAUUGUCCCUUCCGAUUUCGCCGUAUGUUUACAACCGCCUGAUCAUCCUCCAUUCUUCUGAGGGUCGUAGGAAGACUAUCCCCAAGAUCCUCGCUCAGAUGAAAGCCAGUAAAGUGACCCCUCACACGUCUACCUACAACAUCUUAUUGAAAAUACAGGCCAAUGAGCACAACAUUGAUGGAGUGGCGAGGGUGUUCAAUGAUAUGAAAAGAGCAAAGGUCGAGCCGAAUGAGAUCACAUACGGAAUUCUAGCAAUUUCACAUGCUGUAGCAAGGCUAUAUACCGUUUCCCAGACAUAUAUAGAAGCCAUCAAGAAUUCUAUGACAGGUACUAACUGGUCUACGCAGGAAAUUCUUCUUAUCUUGUAUGGAUACCUUGGAAAGGAGAAGGAGCUAAAGAUGACAUGGAAACUCAUGCAAGUCCUCCCUCAUAUUCGAUCCAAAAGCUUCACACUAGCAAUUGAGGCAUUUGGAAAGAUUGGUUCCAUUGAACAGGCAGAAGAGAUAUGGGGAGAGAUUAAAUCAGCAAGAAAGCUAAGGCUUACAGAACAGUUCAAUUCCAUGUUAUCAGUUUACUGCAGGCAUGGCGUUGUGGAUAAAGCAUCGGCAGUGUUCAAAGAAAUGAGAGCAAGUGGUUGUCAACCGAAUGCUAUUACAUAUCGCCACUUGGCAUUGGGUUGCUUGAAAGCAGGCCUUGUGAAACAAGCUUUGAACACGAUGGAUAUGGGGAAAAAAGAAGUCGUCACCAGAAAGGUGAGAAAUUCAACUCCAUGGUUAGAGACCACGCAUAUGUUGCUUGAGAACUUUGCAGAAAUUGGUGACUUGGAAAAUGCAAAGAUAGUUUACGCGGAACUGAAUGAAUCAAAGUACUGCAGGAAUUCCUUUGUGUAUAAUACUCUUCUAAAAGCUUAUGUUAAGGCAAAAGUUUAUGAGCCAAAUUUUGUGAGGACGAUGAUUUUGAGAGGAGCAAUGCCUGAUGCCGAGACACAUAGCCUUCUGAGACUGAUUGAACAGUACAAGACAUGAUUGUGUAUGUACAUAGCUGACUACUGGGCCUUCUAAGGAUCAGGAUGAAAUGGAAAACACCAGUGCUAAUUGAACCAUUUCUUUGGCACAUGAUUAUCUAAUCACCAAUUUUAUGGUGGGUAUGGUAGAUGGCCAUCCCAGCAUGUGUGCGAUCUAAUUGAUGAAGUACACCUUUUUUUCCGCUAUCCCAAGCACUUUGUGCAAGGUAAAACAUGCAUGAUAUGGAUAUUGACCAAGGUCACUGAUUCUUGGUGAAGACCAUGAUCCCUAUUGUAACUUGGAGUUUUGUUUUCUGGAAACCUCGCAAGAAAUGUGCAUUUCGUUUCAGAAUAGGGUAAAAGGGCACAAGGCAAAUUACAUUAGCUGGAGUACAAAGAUCUCAAGCAAGUGGAAUCGUCAGCAUAUUACAAUGAAAAAACGUGCAUUCAUACAAAGAUUUCAAGCAUAUUAUGGAAGAGUCUUUGCAGGCCCGCGGAGAUGGUGCCCUGUAGCUCACUGCUGUCUAGAUUCAUAUUGUGCCACUGAGGAAACAGUCGCUGACUCUCUUUGCAGAAGCCAUGCUGAAGAAAAAGGUGGUGAUCUGCCUCCAGCAAGGUAGUUGCAAGUCAGCAGCCUGACAUUUUGUCUUGUACAAAACGUCCAUGCAAAGACAUCACAAAUCUACAGUUCAACAGUGUCCAUGCUAACAUCUGGCAGUUGAUUGGAUACAUUAAACACUGGACGAAUUCAUUCAAUCGUCCUGACAUCCAGCAAUAUGUUAAUGAUGAUCCUUCUGGAGGUUGCGAAGGAACCCACGAUCAUUAUCUUCAUGUUUCAUGAGGGAAAUAUGCUGUAAAAUGUUCUGGCAACCAAAUGAUACAGCUGAAAUGUAAAUGACAUUCGUCCAUUUGCACCAAUCUGAUUGUCUUUCCAUUUGCAACAAAAGGAUGGCCGGCUUCAGAUAUGAAGGGCCCGGCAAAUGAUGAUAUUGCCCCAUGUGAGAUUCGGUUCAAACUAGACUUAUUCUAUUUUCGGGAAAAAGUAGACUACUGUUGCCAUUA